UUGACACGUGUACAUUAAAGCAGCCGAGCAAGAAUUAGGUUCGCCUCGAAUUCUCGCUAUUUAUCGGGGCAGAUGACGGAUCGGGGUAGAAUAAUGAUCGGAAUGGAGGUGCCCUUCGCGUCGUCGAGGGCCAGGUCACCGAUCGUUGCGGCGAGAAAUCCCUUUUGCGCGAAAGACAAGUCUGUCCUAGAAAAUAAUCGGCUGGGUGAUUCGAAGAAAUGGAUCAACCGGCGUUGCGGUCGGUACGAAUUUUUCAACGAACGUGAUCGUGAGGGUAAAUUAGAUUCGGUUAUUAGUAAGUGCGAGACGACGAUGCGCAUUCAGCCGGUGGAGAUGAGAAAAAUUUUGCAACGCGCCAAGUUUUUAGUUCGUCCCGUUAAAUGGCAGGGCGAUGAAAUUUCUUCGGGAAUACCAACGGCCUCGUUGGAUCGAGGAAAUUCAUUCCCACCGGAAGUUCGAACUGUACGCGCGAAGAACGAGCUUCCGACCUUCGAAUGCGGAAAGAUCGAUCCUAAAACCAGGAAAGACGACUCGUCGAAUCUGUACGGAAAUGCUACUGAUUGGGUAAAAAGUUCUUACUUAAGUACAAAGAGCCUGAAAAUGGCCGAUGACGUAAAAACACUCCAGUCAAAGGACCUCGUAAUACGAGGACGAAGCUUAGUUAACGAGCGGAAUGAAAACGUGGUGAUCAAAACGCCGAUAAUUAGCGUCAUGGACACGUCUGUCGAAGAUCAGAGUUCGGAAGUGGGUAGCGAAGAAUCGUUGGUGGAUCCUGACAGGGUGGUAACCUUGGAAGUUGAUCGUUUGGAGAUAACGAAGAACGAUCCAUCUAUUUACGAAUCAACGGAUCACGACCUCGACAAGGUCACGUGGACAAUGAAUUUUCAUUCAAACAAGAUCAACGAAAGAUCUGAAAAACGCAUCCAUUUUGAAAACAAAGGAACUACAGCUAUCUUGUACCGGUGGCGUAACGUUACCCCGAGGAGUUCGAUGCCCUUUCCGAAAACUGACGCAAGUUUUUAUUUCAACAAAAACGAAGCGUUGAUAUUACCCGGCCAGAAAGUAGAGUUCGUCGUUUCGUUUUACAAACGUGAAGCCGGACUCUCGUCGGAAUUAUGGUGUAUGAAAACGGAGCCGGUAACGUCAAAAAAAUCAUUUUUCCUACGUAUGCGAGGCAGCGUCGAUUCCGAGGAUCCUUUCGCUGGUCAAUUGAGAGUAGAUUCGUACCUGGAUCACCGUAUUCGAAAUACCACCGUGCGACAGACCGUCGAUAACAUAAUCGGAAGUGUGCGACAUCCCAGAGUCGCAGAGCCGAUGUACAAGGAUCUUUAUCUGGAAGAAGAAUUAUUCUCAGCUGAAAAUACCUCUUACUUUUAUCACUCGGAUUUGAUGAAGAAAUUUCACCGUUUGUACGAAACGGCCUCACCUUACGGUAAACCAGCGGAAAAAUUAUCGAUAUUCAACUUGCGAAAAAUUUUGCUAAAUAUCGAAGACGCGAGUGUGAGACGAUCGGCUCUGGAGGAGUUCGGUGAUUUGUGUCGACAGUCACUGAGACCCCGUUUACUCAGUACGUCGUUCAAUUCGAAGCACGCAAUGGUUUACAACGUGCUCUGCGUCUUCUUUGAUAAAAUGGAAGAGGAGAGUGAACUCGUGAAGAGGAAUUGCAUCCUAAAGGGCGACGACAGCUCAGAAAUAACGAAAAACGACGUCGAAAUCGACGUCUCAUCGACGUCGUCCACAGCUCGGAGAAUCAGCACGAACUCGAUUCCGAAGAAAAAUGAAAGCUUCGAAACAAACGAAUCCGCAGACGUUGCCGUCUAUCGAGAGGUCUUCUAUAUUCGUACAUACAAAUUACUGGAGGACGCGAUAUGCCAUGCAUGUGUAAUUAUAGACUCCUUGAACAACCUCCAAGGGUUAGAGCAAUAAAUUUUUUCCUCGCAAUUCUGCGCGGUUUCGUAUAGGCAGUGCGGUUCAUUUUCUUCUCCUAGAUUCCAAUUUCCUAUUCUUCUUUCCGAAGCGAUGAAUUAUCAUUUCGUAUUCAAAAAAAAUAAAAAAAACGCCAGACCUACCUACUCGCAUACCUUUUGUAAAAUUCCGUCGUGAUUAUACGCUGAAUUUCGUCGCCUGCAUCUGCAGAAUGCAGCUUACUCUGAUAUUUUCACCUGAAAGUUGGUGGAGGAAGCGGUGGACCCUGAAACAAUUUCUGAAAAUUAUGACGGGGCAAAAGCACAUCGGUAGCAACCGUUAACUUUCGGACUAGGGGAGAGGAGAGGCGAGUGCUAAAGAGAGAAGGAGCAGCUGGCCGCAUGGUAUCGUGAACGGAGUUCGAUUCGUACUACGCGUUCUAUGAAGAAGUUAACGCGCAUCAAUGAUCAUCCGUGGAUUAUCCCCACUCCGUUGUAGGGCGGAAGAGAAAUUAUAGCUCGGAGAUCGUAUGUGUAAUGGAGAACUUUAAUUGAAAAGAGAUGAUUGAAUUAAUUAGAUGUUCACCGUAGUCGUCCGCGUGUACAUACAUGUAUAAUUUAUUUAACUAAUCAUUGCUCUUUAUUAUCAUAUAUAUAUAUAUAGAUGUAUAUAUAGUAUAUUUACGUACAGUACACCUAUAAUUAAAUAUAGUAUAUAAUGUAUGUAUACAUAUAUAUAGUAUUCUCUGUUAUAUAUAUACAUACAUAUAUGUAUAUGUAUAUAUAAUAUUUCAUCUCUGUGUGUGAUAUAUCAGUAUUCAUUCUUAGGGUAAUUAAUUAACUAAUACAUUUUUAAUAACACAAUAAAACAGAGAGAAAAAUUGAGA